AUGGAAGUAUUAGAUUUGACUCCCCCGCCAUCCUUCUCUUGGAGACUGUGUCCUGACUUGAAUCUGAACUUGGUUCGUGAGAAUCCGAUCCUAGGUGGCACUCCAUCCCUUAUCUUCAACCCCUCUCUCUCUCACUCACACGCUCUCUCUCUCUCUCUCCAAACGCCUCCACACUCUUCACUCUCCAAACCUCACUCUGGCCCCUUCUUCCUCAACGCUCGCUCCCUCACCAUCCACUAUGCCCUUUACGCUGAUGAAGCCAUCAUCUUCUCCCUCUCCACCACCUCUGAUCCCAUCAAGGACACCCUCCUCACUCUCAUGCUUUCCAACCACUCUUCCUUCAUCCUCACCUUCUCCACCUUCCCUUCCUCUUCAGCACUCUAACGGCUCUUUCCUCCACAAAUCUGCAACAAAAUCCACCCUUACGUCUACACUCAGUGCCAAGCCAUCCAUGCGCGCUCUAUCUUUCCCUCCCACAACAUUUCUGCCCGAACGAUUUGUUACUCUGCCAUCCUCAACAUCCCUUCUGAGCUCUCCGCAGUCAUGGCUGCAAAUUGCGUGAUGACACGCCCUCCACGUGACGACAACGCCGCUACGCUUGCCUCAUUAAACUUGAAGUGGUGCAGCCAAGACCGCGUGGUGGAGGAGUUUGUGAUGGAGCAGCCGGUGCCUCGUUAUCUCUUUGCCUUCGCGGUUGGGACCUAGACUAGGGUUUAUGCGGAGGAGGGUUCGACGGUGCUGGACUCAACAGCGAAAGAGUUCGAGGGAAGAGAGGAUAUGAGUGGGGAAGGAGAGAAGCUCUUCGGAAAAUACGACUAGGAAAUGUUUGAUCUUUUGGGGCUGUCACCGAGUUUUUCUUACGGCAGAAUGGAGAAUCCAAAGAUGGUUGUCACAGGAUUUUGGAGGUGAACCAGUGAGGAGCAAGAUUCGAGCUUUACCUCUCACGAAAUUAGGGUAUUCAGGGCUUUGCUGGAGCC